AUGGUGUGUCAGCAGACAGCAUCGUGUGUUCUGGCAUCACCGUCAGGGAGCAUCACCAAGCUGGAGCCCUGGGACAUGGUGGGAAUGGGUUUACCUCGGCCCGAUCAAGCCAUCGUCAGUCGAAGGGCAGCAACAGAGCCUGCUGUGUUCGGAUGGUCGAGAAUGAUCUACUGCGAUAAUGGUUCACCCUUUGUGAACAUGAAGCUGAGGAUGGCGGCAGAUAGGCAGGGGAUAAAGAUGGAACUAGGCCCCGACCUCUCAUCGUUCCUGUACUGGUUUGCCAGAACGUGUCGUCCGCCUGGUAAAGAAACAAAUCCAAAGGUGGGCAGCGGAAAGGGAGGGACUCUCGUUAGGUCGCUGACACCAGGUAGUACCCGCGGUCAUGAUCAACCUCAACAGCAGAUACAUCGAGAGCAUUGGUGCAUUCCUGGCCAUGGCGAUGUUGGGAUGGCUGUCGUUCGCUAA